CUAUCGGGUGAGGGCGUCUAUGGCAUCCACAGUGUGCUGCAGGCGCUCGAGAGCGGCCACCGAAACGCCCACGCGCUGUACGUGCGGGAGGAGCGGACGGCUCUGGACGGCCAGCGCCCCAAGAAGAAGAGCGCGGCCGAUGUGCGCGCGCUGGAGCGCAUCAAGGAGCUGGCGGAGGCCAAAGGAGUGCAGCUCCACACGACCAGCAAGUGGAUGCUGAACCACAUCACGGGGGACAAGCCGCAUCAGGGUGUGGUGUUGGAUGCUGCUCCGAUUCAACUGAAGGAGUUCAAGCCCGCGGAACCUUCAGUUUUCACGGAUUCGGAGCGUUCGCCGGUGAUUUUGGUGCUGGACGAGAUUCACGACCCGCAGAACUUUGGAGCGAUCCUCCGCUCCGCGCACUUCUUGGGCUGCUCAGCAGUUGUUGUGAGUGAUCGAAACAGCGCCCCGUUGUCUCCUGCUGUAUCGCGUGCGUCCGUCGGCGCAUUGGAAGUCAUGGUCGCCAAUGUACGAUUUCGUCGGAACCUGCACGAGGUCCUUGCAAUCAGCGGCGACCUCGGCUGGCGUGUUGUUGGUGCCAGCAGCGGGCCCAACUCCAUCACGUCUACCAACCUCUCGGCGGGUUCCCAGCCCACGAUCCUCGUUAUGGGCAACGAGCACCGCGGCCUCCGUAAGGGCAUUCGCCAGUGCUGCCAGGACAUCGUUAUCAUCCCCGGCCAAGCCACGGAUGAAGACACGCGCGUGGACUCGCUUAACGUUAGCGUCGCUUCGGCAAUCCUGCUCUACGAGCUCUUG